ACCGGUCGUCACGUCUCGGCUUAAACCACGCGUUCCAGAAAGAAGACGGGAAAGGAAUCCACCAAAGCCUCCGCCGUUUCCAUAGCUCUCGCCAGAUCUCGGUGGCGGCGGCGGCAUCACGGAGGCAGAUGGCCGGCCGGCGCGAGCCCCCCUUGAUGCGCACCGGCUUGGGCAGCGGGCAGCCGCCGUCCCGCGGGUCCCGCAUCGCGGCGGCGGUGGCCGUCGGCGUUACUCUCGGCUGCGUCUGCGCGUUCUUCUACCCCGACGGCCUCAUCUCCCGCUCCACCGACUCCGCCCUCCACUGGCGUCGCCGGGCUGACUCAGUUACUUGUGAGACAUCGGAGGAAGUUACCAACCUACAGUCACAGUUGGCAUCAUUGGAGAGAAAAAAUGCUGACUUCAGGAAGCAGAUCAAUGAACUCUCGAUGAAGCUUCAAAUGGCUGGGCAAGGAAAAAACCAGGCUUUGUAUAGUGCUGGUCCUUUUGGUACCGUGAAGUCUCUUAGAACAAAUCCAACAGUCAUGCCUGAUGAAUCCACCAAUCCCAGACUGGCUAACAUAUUGCAACAGGUUGCUGUAAAGAAAGAAAUCAUCGUUGCAGUGGCAAACUCUAACGUGAAACAGACGCUUGAGAUGUGGUUUACUAAUAUCAAAAGAGUUGGAAUCACAAAUUACUUGGUUGUUGCAUUAGAUGACAGCAUAGAGAGCUUCUGCAAGUCCAAAGACGUCCCAGUUUAUCGGCGGGAUCCUGAUGAAGGCAUUGACAGCAUAGGGAAGACAGGUGGAAACCAUGCUGUUUCUGCUCUGAAGUUUCGCAUUUUGAGGGAAUUCUUGCAGCUUGGGUACAGUGUUCUCCUCUCUGAUAUUGAUAUCAUGUUCUUCCAGAAUCCCUUUGAUCAUCUUUACAGAGAUUCUGAUAUAGAGUCCAUGAGUGAUGGCCAUGACAAUAUGACAGCCUAUGGUUUCAAUGAUGUGUUUGAUGAGCCUUCAAUGGGCUGGGCAAGAUACGCACACACGAUGCGCAUAUGGGUUUUUAAUUCUGGAUUUUUCUUCAUAAGGCCAACAAUUCCUUCAGUUGAGCUUUUGGAUAGGGUAGCUGGGCGCCUUUCUCGUGAACCCAAAUCAUGGGACCAGGCUGUUUUUAACGAGGAACUGUUUUUCCCCUCACAUCCUGGUUAUGAAGGCCUACAUGCAUCCAAAAGAACCAUGGAUAUAUAUCUCUUUAUGAACAGCAAAGUUCUCUUCAAGACAGUGAGGAAAAGUGCUCAGCUGCGGAAGUUGAAGCCAGUGAUUGUGCAUUUGAACUACCAUCCUGAUAAGGAGGCGCGCAUGAAAGCAGUGAUUGAAUUUUAUGUUAAUGGAAAGCAGAAUGCACUUGAUCAUUUCCCUGACGGAUCAGAAUGAUAAAACCAAAGCUUAUUAGGAACAGCCAAUGACCCUUCUUGUUCUCUUGUUGUUAUCCAUUGUUCUUGAAACUCUGGAUGGAAGCCCGUAUCAGUAACUACUGUAAACAAUACAUGAUCAUUUUGGAACAUUGUGCUUGAGAUGUCAGACUUUCAGUGAGCAUCUAACCCUGAUAGUUCUGUAGUUGGUAACUUGAAUGUCGAUCUUGAUACUACCUUGUGUACUUUGUUGGACUUGAACGAUUUUAUGUCUUGCACACAGGAACGAUUUUAUGUCUGGUUAAUAAUAAUUAGCAGUAUCGCA